AUGCUAAGCGGCCUCCAGACUCACGGCGAGAUGCCCCGAGAACACCCGAGAAGUGUGAAUGUGACGACUUUCUCCCAGUUGUGCAUCUUAUUCGAAUUUUAUUUACUUAGUUUUGUACCUGCUACAAAUUGGCGGUGGGAAGGUAACGACCAAAUUAAAUCUGAGGACGUUCUUGUGCACUACUGGAGAGAGAGAGAGAGAGAGAGAGAGAGAAACGUAGGAAGCUGUUUGCAAUAUACUAACUACCGUUACAAAGGUGCAAGAAACUUGGUGGAUUUGGAAAACUUUAAUCAGGCUAAAAUUCUAGAUGAAAGGAAGACUUUCGGGAAGACGACAAUAAAGGUUAUGAUUCAAUGGGGAUCAUAUAAAUAA